AUGGCCAACUUCAUCGACUACAUCGUCAACUUCGAUGGCUACCCGCUGCAGGCGUACCUGCUCAAGAACAUUGAUUUGGUCGGAUACAUUGCAUCUUUCUACCUUGUCAUGGUGGGCAAGGGCGACCGCAUUCUGAGCUGGUGGAACGCGCGUAAGCCGCUGGCCCCCAAUGCCGCAGCGAAGCAGAACGGCGCCAACAAGGAGAUGGUGGCGGCGCUCAAGUCAUGCUACACUGCUGCCUCCAUGUACCACCUGGUCGUCAGCAUCGCGGGCGCCGCCAUCUCCUGCAUGCUGGUGCCCGCCAUGGCGCAGUCCCUCCUGGCAAACUCCUUCUUUGAGGUUAUGUGUCUUUGGGAUGACACUCGCAUCUACAAGGGCUACGUCGCCUUCGCCCUCAGUGCCGCGGUGAUGGUGAAAGUAGUGGAGCAGCUCGAUACGUUCUUCCUGAUCCUGCGCGACUACAUUGUCGCCUCUCCAGCGCAGAAAGAGAAGCAGGUGCGCCGCGUGCAGCCCUCGCACUGGUGGUUCCAGGGGCUCAUUGCUCUUUACUUCUGGCACACCUACAGCAUUGGCACCAGCUGCUUCACGAUGAUCGCCACCCUUACGAUGGUCAUGUCUGCUGCCCGCAACUUCGUCUACAUGCAGCAGGAUACCGCGCAGGCCCAUGGAAAGUCCGCAGCAGCAGUCAAGUUGAACAGCGCGAUCGUGGCGCUGGACAUGAUGGAGUGGAUCGGUUGUAGCGCACUCUCCGUCUACGCCAGCCUCAUGAACUACACGGACAAGCGCGGGUGCAUGACGAUGCAGGCGAAUGUGCGCAUGGCCCUCGUCAUGUACGUGACGGCUGUCGUGCUGCGUCUCCGCGAACUGAUCAAGGGCGCGGAGGGCCUGGCUGCGCGCGAGUCCAAGAAGCACCAGUAG